ACGCACAAUACACACGAAAACAGACUCUAUAAAAACUGAUGAUACUAUUCUUUUAAAUAAUUAGUUUUUCAGACAUCAAAUAGUGUGGUUGUGAGGAGAAAAUGACCUGCAAUGGCAGUGUAGCUUGCUCAACACCCUCUGUCGGAGUGGCGUCAGGUAUCUUCACGUCAGCUGUAAACUUCUUCGCAGCAGCGCAGUGCCUUAUCACUGAAGAUUGGCCGCCAGAUGCUGACCUCCAAGAUGAAGAACAAUUCCACUUUAUCAUCAUCGGUGCUGGAUCAGCUGGGAGCGUGGUAGCAAAUAGACUGAGUGAAAAGGAGGACUGGAAUAUACUUCUCGUAGAGGCUGGUGAUGAUCCACCUGUAGAAAGUAUUAUCCCAUAUCUUGAUAAAGCUAAUUUUAAUACCAAGUAUGACUGGCAAUACAAAACGGUUAAUAAUGGAAGGACUAAUCAAGCCAACCAAAACGGAUCAAUAAAUUGGCCUCGAGGGAAAAUGCUUGGAGGCAGUAGCAGUAUUAAUGCUAUGAUUUACAUAAGAGGAAACGAUUAUGACUUCCUGGAAUGGUACAAUCAAGGCAACAAAGAGUGGCACCCUGAAGUAGUUCAAAAAUAUUUCAUCAAAGCUGAAAGUUUACAAAAUAAUGCUCUUCUCAGAGACCCUAUAGUAGGAAAUUUCUACGGACAUAAUGGACCACAAACUAUAAACAGAUUUAAUAGCACAAUCAACAGUAUUACUGACAAGAUACUAAAGGCAUGGGACGAAAUUGGCUUUAAAAACGUCCCAGACAUAAACGUUGCCCAAUCUUUAGGAUCUGGAGUUUACACUACAACAGCGGGGAAUGGCAAAAGAAUAAGUACCGCUGCAGCCUAUUUGAAUCCAAUCAAAAAUCGAAAAAAUCUAAAAGUCAUUAAGAACACUUUAGUAACAAAAAUUCUUAUAAAUGAUACAACGAACACGGCAUUCGGGGUUGAAGUUGAGCGUAACGGACGAAAAAUAUAUUUUUACGCAUCUUUAGAAGUAAUUUUAUCGGCAGGUACAAUUAACACUCCACAAUUGUUAAUGUUGUCUGGAGUGGGACCUGCGGAACAUCUGGCUUCAAAAGAUAUCCCUGUAAAAGUAGACUCACCAUUAGUAGGAAAGAAUCUGCAAGAUCAUAUAAUGGUACCAAUUACUAUUUAUGGAAAUGAACCUGGUGAAUUAGACCAAACAAAACAAAGCUUUGAAACCGUCCAAUAUCUAUACAAUCGCACAGGUUAUUUAGCACAUGGCAGUAUCGCCCAUAUUGUGGCAUUUUAUUCAAUUAUUGAGAAAGCUCUUUAUCCAUUAUUUCAAAAUCACUUAGCUAUCUUUCCAAAGAACUCAACAGCAGCUAGAGACUGGGCGAGAUUAAGAGCAAGAUACGAACCGUCUGUCGUGGAGUCGGUUGUACAAAAUAACGUAAAUCACUCGUUAUAUUUGUACCUAUUCAAUCUUCUGCAUCCAUGUUCUAGAGGAAACAUUACUUUAAGGUCUUCUGAUCCUAAAGAUCCACCUCUAAUAAAUGCAAAUUAUUUUGAUGAUCCUACAGAUCUUGAACUAUCCGUGUCUGGCAUCAGAAUGCUCACAAAAAUAUUGGAUACACCUUAUUUUAAAUCUAUUGGUGGAUACUUGGGCAGAAUGAGUUGGCCGGAUUGUGAUGAAUUUGCAUUGGACAGCAUAGAGUAUUGGAGGUGUAUUUGCAUAAAUAUGGUAUUGACUGUAUAUCACCCAAUAGGUACAUCAAAAAUGGGACCGGAUCCUAAAACUUCGGUGGUAGACAGUCGUUUAAGGGUACACGGUAUGAAAAAUCUUCGAAUUAUAGAUGCUAGUGUGAUGCCAACAGAGACUAGUGGAAAUACCAACGCACCUACUAUUAUGGUGGGUGAAAGAGGAUCUGAUCUCAUCAAGGAGGAUUAUGGUUUCUUGGAUUACGAUCAGUAAUCGUUUAUAUCUGGGGGAUAAAAAGGCAAUUCAACUAAAAAGCAAAAUUGCAAUUUUGCAUAAAAUUAAGGGCGCAAUAUCAAUAAAUGUCUAAUAGCAAUAUUGUUUUUUAGAUGAAUCGCUUUGAUGUGGUCUUGACCUAACAGUUUCUAAUCCAAACAGCAAUGUUGUAUUUAAUAACGUAUACGAGUAAAGACAAGUAAGUUGUUUGUAACAAUAAAUUCUCCAAUGAUA